CCAAAUACAACCAUUUUCUUGAGAAUGGAGCCAUGUGAGGCAUUUUAGUGAGAGAGAAAUUACUCAACAAUGGAAUCAACAACAGCCUCCACUCGUUUGUUCUCCCCAAAAUCAUCCUCAGUACUCAUCCCAAAUUCAUUUCACUCAUUCCUCAAACCAUCAAAGACCCAUCUCCCUGCCAUAGCCCAACUUCAUCUCAAGUACUUCACCAACACUCCUAUUUGCUUCAAAACCACAAACACCACUCGUCGGGGGUUCUCCAUAGUGCAGACCAGAGCUACCGUUGAUGAUCAGACAGGCCGAGUUACCGAUAGCCGUCUUCUUGUUGAUCAGGAAGAAGAACAACCAAACAAGGAAGUACAGGAGUGUGUGAAAGUGCUGAAGAACGCUGCUAAAACGAGACGGGUAGCGGCUAAGGAGGUUCUAUCUGCUCUGUCUGUGAUGGAGAAGGCAAAGCUGGAUCCCUCUGGGUUUCUUGAGACUCUCGGUGGUGGAUCGAAAUCUCCCGGGAGAACCUGGAUGCUCAUUUUCACCGCUAAGGAUGGCUUAAAGAGCGGCGGUUACAUUCCCAUUACAGCCGUCCAGAGGUUCGAUGCCGCUGCGAAGAGGAUCGAGAACGGAGUCUUCCUCGGACCGCUCGGGUGCUUGACAUUUGAAGGCAGGUUUUCGUGGAAGAAGAGAAUACUUGCUUUCGUAUUUGAGCGCAUCCGCAUAAAAAUCGGACCGUUCAACUCUUUCGAGAUACCGUUUGGAGGAAAAGAUGAGAGAGAGCCAAGCACGAAAGAUCCAUUUUUCAUCUGGUUUUACAUUGAUGAAGAAAUAGCUGUUGCACGAGGCAGGAGCGGAGGGACGGCAUUUUGGUGCCGCUGCCGCCGUGUCGCCAGUUAUUGAUUUAUUCCAACGAUAUACUAUACUUGUGAGUUGUAAGUAGAUUCUUCAAGGCAUGAGAAGCAGUUGUUGCACCAUAAAUACAUUCAUUGAUCUGAAUAGUAAUUGCAUACUGGAUCCAAUUGAGACA